AUUUGCACAACCAUAGACAUGCGCCCCUGCUCACGCACUCGAAUUUGUGUUUUUUGAAAUGCACUCCCCCGUCGAACACUGCAUGUCUUUUAACCUCGAAUAUGAUUGUGGAAGGGCCUGUCCUGUAUAGCAAAUCGAUAUCUAAAACUAACGAUUGAGGGUCCUGUCGACCCCUGUGUGUCGGGAUACAGAUGCUCAAUUGAACGAAUAUUGUGUAUAAUGUAAAGUCGCUAGCUAGCUAGCUAGCUAGUUAGCAAUUGGUGGCUAACAUUCGCUAGCUAGCUAGUUCUAGUUCUCUAUAAUCGUUGCACGGUGAAAAUCAGUUCCGUUUCAUCGGAUGCGUAUUUAAUAGUAAAAAGUAAUAAUCACAACUAAAUGUUUUGGAAUGCAUUUCUCAAAAAAAUGUUCCGUGUUUAAGGUGGUGCUCAGUGCCCUGCUUAUUGUAGCGCUCCUGCAGUUAAUUUACCUGUCCUUCCUAUCGAAGCUGCACGGGCGGCAGCAGCGCUACAGGUACUCGGAGCUCUUCGGAAACGCUGGAAAGAAAAAUGUUCACCAACCGGAGAAAAAUACUCGUAAAGAACGUCUCAAGUAUUCUCUAUCUACUGGCGGAAUUUUCGAUGCCAGUGGGCAGUACAGAGUAUAUAAAAACUUGAUUAAAAGCGAAUUUUCGGCCAAUCAAAAGCCAGGUGUGGAUGGGAGUUCGUUCCAGAUCACUCUGGCCACACACACAACCAUCAACAACUUGCACCAUCUGGAUUCCUUGCUGGAGCGAUGGCAAAACCCUCUCUCUGUUGCCAUAUUCGCGCACGGCCAAGAUGUCAAGUUCGCCACCGCGCUCGCCUACGCCCUCAGCAUGUUUUGUCCGCAGAUCCAAGCGCUUGUGGAUUUCCACAUGGUGUGCCACUCCGGCGAGAUGGCCAGCUUUCCUGACCAGGAUCGCGAGCAGUUCGCUGGAUUGGAAGACUGCGCUGGAGUGUUCGCUAAGCUGGAGACUCACAGGGACAAGUACAAGAACUAUGCCAUAGGGGGCAACGUCUCCUACCCCAACAAUCUGCUGCGUAAUGUAGCGCGAGGAGGUACGGACACGGCGUACAUUUUGGUCAUAGACAUUGACAUGGUUCCCAGUGCCGACCUGCCUCAGCAAUUCUCGGCCUUGCUGAAAAGGCGAGAGCCCGCUUCAGAUGAAGUCUUCGUGCUGCCAGCCUUCGAGAUCAGACACGCCCGCAAGCUGCCGGCUUCCAAAUCCGAGCUCGUGCAGCUCUACCAGGUGGGCGAGGUCCGACCCUUCUACGAAGAGCUUUGCCCCCGCUGCCAGGCGCCCACAAACUUUUCCCUGUGGGUGAAUCUGCACGGGCCGGCGGCGGGGCAGUUAGAGGUGGCCUAUACCCUAAACUGGGUGGACCCCUGGGAGCCCUUCUACAUUGGACCGCGCACCGUGCCUCUGUACGACGAGAACUUCCGUCAGUAUGGCUUCAACCGGAUCAGCCAGGCCUGCGAGCUGCACGUGGCCGGGUACCGCUUCUCGGUGCUGAGCGCGGCGUUCGUGGUGCACCGGGGCUUCAAGGUGGCCGGGGACUUCCACAGGCGCAAGGACGAGGAGAACCGACGCAACCGGCUCCUCUUCCGCAGCUUCAAGGAAGGACUGAAGGCCAAGUACCCCGCCUCCCCCCGCCGCUGCUGAGGGGGGGGGGGGCUGUGGACCCCGCCGCGGCUCAGUCCGGCGGGAUCCACCGACCGAAAUAUCGCCACGCUCCGUCAUUUCGCACAAGGAGCCACGUUAUGUUGACACUUUACAUUUAGAAGGCCCUGUGCCUGUUGACCACUAAUUUGCAUUUCGAUCCGCGCUGUUAGCGUAGAGGGCAGUGCCAGUGACGUCGGUGAGCUGUGUGCUGCUCGUGACACCAGUACUUCAGACACUGUCCCUGGCCCUUUCCAGCAGACAGGAAACUAAAGGGUGUAAUUUCACCAGUGGUUCUCAACCUUGUUCCAGGAGAUCUACCGUCCUGUAGGUUUUCACUCCUACUCAAACACAGCCACACCCCAUUGAACCGCUAUGGACCUCAUUGAGCUGCUAAUUAGUAGGAUCGUGUGUGCCAAAUUAGUGCUGAAAUAAAAACCUACAGGGACGGUGGAUCUCCAGGAACCACUGCUUUGAUCAGUUCUGUUUGUGACGGUUAUUCUACAGUGGACCCCUUGCUCAGCUUUUAUAGUUUGUAGUCUGAACACUGGAGGAGUGUUAUCAUAAUUCAAGUUUUUUAAUGUGCCAACCGCCUGUUUUGAUUUUAUCUUGAGAAGGUUUGAAAGAGAUUAUUCUGACACUCCCAAUUUAGAUGGGGGGGGGGGGGGGUUGAAUUUUGCAGUCAGUUAUUUUUUGCUGGGCUCGAAGUGAGAUGACAGGGCGCUAGUGAAACCUGUUAAAUGUGAUGCAAUUAUUUUACGAUCAGAAAUAUCGAGGUUGGCAGGUCCACGGUAAUUGGGCCCUGGGGAGAUGUUCGUAGAGAACGAAAGUGCAGAGGAAAAGGCUACGUUCUCCUGGCAUGGAGGUCUUUGAUCUUGUUAAUUCAUGCUAAUACGGAAAUUUAUAAUAACGUUACAAGUGUUGCUGGUGUUGCACCGAUUUGUUUACGAUGCUGUGAAAGACUCCACUCUGGUGUCAUGUAAGAGUGACAAGGCCAAGGCCAAGACCCAGUGGAUUUUUUUUGAACCUAUGCUUGAGGCAUGGUUCCCAGUGCUGCUGCUGAAAUAUUGAAAUGGGAGAGAGAGAAUCUUUGUGACUACUGAACCAUAUGAAACAUUGGGAUGUAUUUAUUUUUUUCUGUUUGUUAUUUCUAUACUUUAAAAAAAGUGUCAGAAGACACAAAAAAAAAAAAACACUAAAAAAGGCUUGGUACGUGUGUUAGAGGUUUACAUAGUUGUGUGCUAUUCAGAGAAGUGUAGCUAUACAUCAUUGUGAUACUCUUUGGAUUGUGGUAAUAUAUGGGUUUUGGACCACCCACUGCUAAUAACAGUGGUCAUAUAACAAGGGUGGGCAUCACCUGAAGGAAGCAGUUCAUUACAUCACAGGCUCAGCCUUUUAAAACAUAUUUUAUCAUCUUUCGUAUUGUUUCUGGCAGGGGGGACAAUUGGUACUACAACCAAUCUGCAAUGGGAGACGGAAUUCUGAGUGAGCUUUGAUCAUUCAUUUGGACCUAUGAUUGGACUCCUCCCUUUAAAGGUCUUUUACAGUCCUCACUACUACUACAUUCCUUAGGCUGUCAUAAUUGAAUUGGUGUUCGCAGUUUGUGCUGUGACUGAUGAAAGGACUCGAUGUGUUUUGGAGUUGAGGUGAUUAACACCUGCUCGGCUCGUGAUUGGAUGUAGCCACAUUGGGGGCAUUGUGGUCCCGUCCUCGAGAGCUUGGUAGAAAUUUGGCCUCCUUGUGAGUCUCCCUCAGUAGGUGUUCACUCUCUCUUAGUAUUAGUGUUCACAAUACGUGAGAAUGCAAAUGAUCAGCACUUCAGGGUGCAUCAGUGGCUGUUAGUAUAAACUCUUUUGCAAACUAUUAUUUAAAAGUUAUUUUUAAUAUAUAUGUUUAAUAUAUAGUAAUAUGUAUCACAUAUUUAUGUGUGAAAUGUAUGAAGCACGUUUCCAGCAAUAUGGCACAAGGUGCUUCACAAAUACAGAAUAGUUACAACAAAGGGAAGAAGGUUAAAAUGAAGAAAGAUAACAGACAAGACUGAGGUGUAAUAUAAUGUUCACUUAUUGAUAUUCCUGCAUAUCCCUCUACUUCUAGGCUGAGUGUUAUAAUAACGUUAACUUAUUUAAAUCUCUGCAUAUCCAUGGACAGUUAGGCUAGAAUGGCGCACCUCAUUUGUAUGUAUAGCAGAUCAAAGUACCUGUCAGGUGCAAUCAGAUAAAUCUAAUGAUUUGCCAUGCAGUUCUGUCGUGCACACGACUAGCAUUGGAGUUCUCAUAAGAUGUGAGGCUCAAGGAUUGCACACGGUGUCUUCUUCAAUGUUUCAGGGAAGAGGAGGUGGAGAGUUUUGUUGGCAACUUCCUAUUUAUUUGCAUGUCCAGGUCUUUCAAAAUGUGGUAAGAUUUAGUGGGCUGUCCUGAAUGGAGCCACUGAUUUAGCAAAGGAUGGGUAAUGGCAGCUAAGACAUUGCACAUUUUCUGCAGGGGGGGGGGCAGCCAUAAGUAUUAUGUUGCAUAUUAUGUUGAGUUUUAUUUUUCCAACAGGUCCAGCUCUUCUUCAGUUUAUGAAAUGUAUACCCAAAGUGUACCAUGUUGGUGUUGUAUCAAUGGCUUUCAGAUAAAGAGGUCAGUCUUUGUUUAGAUCAUGAAAGGAAACGGACUGGAGCACACAGAUGUAAAAUGAGCCCUUUGCUGGUGCAAAAUAAAAAGUGACACGUCUUCAUCAGAGUGCUCCAGACCUUUUCCUUUUACAAUCUGUAGCCCUGUAACUCAAAUCACAGCCCUUGGGGUCUAAGACCUGCAGGUUUUCCACCCUCCCUUUACCUGGGAGUCAGGUGUGAAUACAGUCUAACCUAUCAGUAUCACCAGUUGUUUAGUUCGUUACCUGGGGGGAGAAGAAAACCAGGGCCGGAGUUGGAUUCAAGGUCCAGAUUUGAGUACCCAUGAUCUAUAGCAUCGUCCUGCAUCUGAGAAGCACUGGAUUAGCCUGUUAGCUGGCCGAUGUGUGGUGAACUCCUUGCUGAAUGCCAGUCUUAGUGUGUUUGACUGUUUGAUUAGAAUACAAGUGUAGUUUGGUUUGUUUACAAAUACAUAUAAAACCUGUCACAGCCGUCAGUAUUCAGUUGCUAGUUUUAGCCCCUGCUAGACAACCAAUUACCCUACAUAUGUAUGUAAUUAAUGGAUGGAAGUAAGCCCCCCCCCCCAAGAGCAAGGAGGGCCGUAUCCGUUUCUGGAUUUUAGACUAACUUCUGGUCGUAAUUAUUGAAUAAUUAAAUUAUUUAAUAAUUACGACUGAUUUGUGUUCUUUUGAGAUUCAGAUGUGUGAAAUGCAUCUUUUACAAUAAAACGACUGAAUAAAAUAC